AUGGAGCGCGAGCUGGAGGAGCUGGAGGCGCGUCCCGCGCGCCCGGCAGAGCCGCCCUUCCAGGCGCUGCCGGUGCAGGCGGCCGCCUACUGCCCGGGCCACCCGGCCUCCAGCCUGGCCGUCCAGGCGGCCGCCUGCAGAGCACUACAAGCCGCCGGGCCCGCGCGACCAGCAGCAGGACCCUGGGAGAGACCGGGCCUUCCAGCGCUGCUGGCGUGCUUUUCCUGGGGUUCCUGGAGCCGAGGGAAGGAUCCAGAUGCCACCUUCCCCAGUGACCCAGCUCAGGAUCACCUCCAGGACCCUGAGGAGGAGUUGGCACUGACUGCCGUAUGUCCCAACGGAGACUGCGAGGACCCCGGGAAGGGGCCAAGAGCCUGUGAUGGACUUGUCCAUACUCCUGCUGACCCCGCUGGAGACUUGAGAUGAAGGCUGGACCGCUGGGCUACCCGCGCUCUAACCUGCACACCGGGGACUGGCUCCUUCUCACUGAGCCCCUUGCCUCCAUGUUGACCUUGGAAUGGUGGUAACUACAAAGGCCCCACCUGUCAGAGGGCUGCUGCAUUGAACCAGCUAGGAAAACUUAUUUUCCUGGAACCUGCCCCCCUCCUCACAUUUGCUCACAGUGAGGUUAGUUGGUCUUUCUGUACCUCAGUUUUUCUAUGCCAUUGGGACAGAUGGCUGUCGACUUUGAGGCUCUGUGGUGCUGUGGCAGCCCAUGGUGUGUUUGCGUGAACAUCCGUCAUUUCAAGUGCAACUGGAAAGAACUCUGGACCAGAAGUCAUCAGAUCGGGGAGGGGUGGGUGGCCUUGGACAUGUCAUUGAACCUUUGGAGCUUCUGUUUCUCAAACAUGAGGAGGCUAUGAGCCCAGGGGCUCUCAACCAAGAGCCAGGCUGCCGUUCCAGGCAGCACUGGAAACUUGUCUGUGUGUGAGUGUGAGUGAGUGUGUGUGUGUGUUGUGGGGGUUUAUUGUGACUAUGAGGUGCCCCUGGCACCUAGUGGGCUUCUCACAACAUACGGGAAAUCUCCAACAGCAAAGACUUGUUCCACCCGAAUUGCCCAUUGUGGCUCCUUCAAGAAACUGGAGGAGCCAAUCCCUUCUCCCUGUGAAAUUCUAGGAAGAGUCCCCCCUCUCCCCCCCAGCAGAGAGGGCUGGGCUUCCCGAGACCUUGGCUCCCAGAGCAAGCCAGAAUAAAGACUGCACUACUGCCCUACGGGCCUAUUGGGUCAGAGCCAAGAAAGCCCCCUGCUUUGCUUGCCCCCUUUCUUCCUCAUGUUGACACUGACUUUCUGUGCCAAAUCCUUUGAGAAUACGGAUGCUGGGAACUGCCCACGUCACCAAACAAGAAAGGUAGGAGUAUGGAUUACAAGGACAUGGGACUUUCUCUCCAUCUCAGGCCCUUGUCCAAGGUCAAAGCAGACCCAGCCCAGAGGUGCCAAGUUCCUGAACCCUUUUCUCUGUUUAUGAGUCAGGGUUGAUGAUAUUCCCUUAAAAGCCAGGAAAGCCAUCUGUUCACUCGUAGAAGGCACUCUGCAUUACCUCCCUUGCCUUCCUCGCCCGCCCCUGGAGAAGUGCUGUCUUUGGAAUGGCAGUAGCAGCUCUUGAUUUUCCCUGGUAGGAAAAAGGAAGUAUCUGAGGGAAGUAGCUAAAUUCAUUCAUUCAUUCAUGCGUGAUUGGCUCGGCAGACGUGCAGCUGGGCUACUCUGCCCAGGGUUCCACAAGGUGCCGCGUACCUUCCAGUAGUUACUUUGGCUUUCAUCUGUGGUACCAAAAUGUGGAAUUGGAAACCUGUGGCUGAGGGGCUGUGUGAUAUCAAGGAGGGUCCCCCCUGGCUCUGUGCUUCAAUGGAUUCUUCAUAAUCAGCAGCCUAAUUCCAUCCCUUCUCUGCCUUGUGGGGAUAGCGUGAGGGCAAGCAGGGUGACAUCUUAUUUGUGGCUGGUUGCAGCAGGUGUCAUUUUAAUAAUUCAAAGCUGUCUCACCAAUAGGUAGACCCAGCUGAUCUCCUUCUACGCAAGAAUGAGCUAAAUGAAUUACCUUUGAUUUUGUUUUAAAAUGGGAAAACGUGGGGUGCCUGGGUGGCACAGCGGUUGAGCGUCUGCCUUCGGCUCAGGGCGUGAUCCCGGCGUUAUGGGUUUGAGCCCCACAUCAGGCUCCCCUG